AAUUCCUUUGUCUUUUCCUGAAGUAGAAAGUGUUCUUGUUACAGUCUUGUCAGUGCUGCUAAUGUGAGGUGGGCCAGCUUUUGUUUCUCAGAAGAAAAGACAGAUUCAAGGACCACAGUACAGCUAUGGAUAGUGAACCAAACCCUGGAACAUCUUCUGGGUCGACAACAACCAGUAGCACCACCACGACCACCAUCACCACUUCCUCCUCUCGAAUGCAGCCACCACAGAUCUCUGUCUACAGUGGCUCAGACCGACAUGCUGUACAGGUAAUUCAACAGGCAUUGCAUCGCCCCCCGAGCUCAGCCGCUCAGUACCUUCAGCAAAUGUAUGCAGCUCAACAGCAGCACUUAAUGCUGCACACUGCAGCUCUUCAGCAGCAGCACUUAAGCAGCUCCCAGCUUCAGAGCCUUGCUGCCGUUCAGGCAAGUUUGUCCAGUGGAAGACCAUCUACAUCCCCCACAGGAAGUGUCACACAACAGUCAAGUAUGUCCCAGACAUCUAUCAACCUCUCCACUUCUCCUACACCUGCACAGUUAAUAAGCCGUUCCCAGGCUUCCAGUUCUACCAGCGGCAGUAUUACCCAACAGACUAUGUUACUAGGGAGUACCUCCCCUACCCUAACUGCAAGCCAAGCUCAAAUGUAUCUCCGAGCUCAAAUGCUGAUUUUCACACCCGCUACCACUGUGGCUGCUGUACAGUCUGACAUUCCUGUUGUCUCGUCGUCAUCGUCAUCUUCCUGUCAGUCUGCAGCUACUCAGGUUCAGAAUUUAACAUUACGCAGCCAGAGGUUGGGUGUGUUAUCUAGCUCACAGAAUGGUCCACCAAAAAGCACUAGUCAUACUCAGUCAUUGACAAUUUGUCAUAACAAAACAACAGUGACCAGUUCAAAAAUCAGCCAACGAGAUCCUUCUCCAGAAAGUAAUAGGAAAGGAGAAAGUCCAAGUCUGGAAUCACGAAGCACAGCUGUCACCCGGACAUCAAGUAUUCACCAGUUAAUAGCACCAGCUUCAUAUCCUCCAGUUCAACCUCAUCCUCUAAUAAAACAUCAGCAGAUUCCUCUUCAUUCACCACCUCCCAAGGUUUCCCAUCAUCAGCUGAUACUACAACAGCAGCAACAGCAAAUUCAGCCAAUCACACUCCAAAAUCCAACUCAAGAUCCACCCCCAUCCCAGCACUGUAUACCACUCCAAAAUCAUGGCCUUCCUCCAGCUCCUAGUAAUGCCCAGUCGCAGCAUUGUUCACCAAUUCAGAGUCAUCCCCCUCCUUUAACAAUGUCUCCUAGCCAUUCACAGUCAGCACAGCAGUCUGUAGUGGUGUCUCCUCCACCACCUCAUUCACCAAGUCAGUCUCCUACUAUAAUUAUUCAUCCACAAGCACUUAUUCAGCCACACCCUCUUGUGUCAUCAGCUCUUCAGCCAGGGCCAAACUUGCAGCAGUCCACUGCUAAUCAAGUGCAACCAACAGCACAGCUGAAUCUUCCAUCUCAUCUUCCACUUCCAGCUUCCCCUGUUGUACACAUUGGCCCAGUUCAGCAGUCAGCCUUAGUGUCCCCAGGUCAGCAGAUUGUGUCUCCAGCAUCACACCAGCAAUAUUCAACCUUGCAGUCCUCUCCAAUCCCAAUUGCAACCCCUCCACAGAUGUCAACAUCUCCUCCAGCUCAGAUUCCACCACUGCCCUUACAGUCUAUGCAGUCUUUACAAGUGCAGCCUGAAAUUCUGUCCCAGGGCCAGGUUUUGGUACAGAAUGCUUUGGUGUCAGAAGAGGCGCUUCCAGCUGCAGAAGCUUUGGUCCAGUUGCCAUUUCAGACUCUUCCUCCUCCACAGACUGUUGCGGUAAACCUACAAGUACAACCACCAGCACCUGUUGAUCCACCAGUGGUUUAUCAAGUAGAAGAUGUGUGUGAAGAAGAAAUGCCAGAAGAGUCAGAUGAAUGUGUCCGCAUGGACAGAACCCCACCACCACCCACAUUGUCUCCAGCAGCUAUAACUGUGGGGAGAGGGGAAGAUUUGACUUCUGACCAUCCUUUGCUAGAGCAAGUGGAAUUACCUGCUGUGGCAUCAGUCAGUGCUUCAGUAAUUAAAUCUCCUUCAGAUCCUUCACAUGUUUCUGUUCCUCCUCCUCCACUCUUACUUCCGGCUGCUACCACAAGAAGUAAUAGUACAUCUAUACCCAGUAGCAUUCCCAAUAUAGAAAACAAACCUCCACAGGCCAUUGUUAAACCACAGAUCUUGACCCAUGUUAUUGAAGGCUUUGUGAUUCAGGAGGGAUUGGAGCCAUUUCCUGUGAGUCGUUCAUCUUUGCUAAUAGAACAGCCUGUGAAAAAAAGACCUCUUUUGGAUAAUCAGGUGAUAAAUUCUGUGUGUGUUCAGCCAGAGCUACAGAAUAAUACAAAGCAUGCGGAUAAUUCAUCUGACACAGAGAUGGAAGACAUGAUUGCUGAAGAGACAUUAGAAGAAAUGGACAGCGAGUUGCUCAAGUGUGAAUUCUGUGGGAAGAUGGGAUAUGCUAAUGAAUUUCUGCGGUCAAAACGAUUCUGCACUAUGUCAUGUGCCAAAAGGUACAAUGUUAGCUGUUCUAAAAAAUUUGCACUUAGUCGUUGGAAUCGUAAGCCUGAUAAUCAAAGUCUUGGGCAUCGUGGCCGUCGUCCAAGUGGCCCUGAUGGGGCAGCAAGAGAACAUAUCCUUAGGCAGCUUCCAAUUACUUAUCCAUCUGCAGAAGAAGACUUGGCUUCUCAUGAAGAUCCUGUGCCAUCUGCUAUGACAACACGUCUGCGCAGGCAGAGUGAGCGGGAAAGAGAGCGUGAGCUCCGGGAUGUAAGAAUUAGGAAGAUGCCUGAGAACAGUGACUUGCUACCAGUUGCACAGACAGAGCCCUCUAUAUGGACAGUUGAUGAUGUCUGGGCCUUCAUCCAUUCUUUGCCUGGCUGCCAGGAUAUUGCAGAUGAGUUCAGAACACAGGAGAUUGAUGGACAGGCCCUUCUCUUGCUAAAAGAAGACCAUCUUAUGAGUGCAAUGAAUAUCAAACUAGGCCCAGCCCUAAAGAUCUGUGCACGAAUCAAUUCUCUGAAGGAAUCUUAACAGGAUCCCGAGGCUUUGAGAUAACAGCAGUUUUACUCUUGAACUUGUAAGGUAAAGGCUCAGGUUGGCCUAGAAUAUUAUCACUGUUUGUGGUGGAUAGCCAAGCACAUUGGGAUCUCCACAUCAAAAGCUGACAUUUCUUCUACAGAUACACAUUUUCAUAAUUAGCCAACAUUGGUGAAAUUAAUUUUACAGGUGACACACAACAUUGAAAAGACUUAUUAUAGAGGGCCAUGAUAUUUUUCAAAGAAACGUGUUAUAGUAGAUACUUUUUAAAAAAGUAAUGUUUAUCAUUAAUAUAAAGAAUCCUUUUAAAAGUAAUUUAAUGAUUUACAUUUCUCCUCUUUUGAUUCAGUUCAGUUUUGUUAUACAUUUUUCUACCCUAUAAGUUUUCCAUAGGUUGUCAUGAGAGAUAAUUUAGGAAUAAUUUAGGAGUCCAGUGACUGGAAUUGUAUGCAAUGAGGUAUCAGUGUGCAUUUAAAAAACUCAUGUCUGUUAGAAAGUUGCUUUGUCUAUAAAAAAGGAUUACAUUCUAGCAAGAAUAAUACUGAUCUGGAAGUCAGAAGCAUUGGUUUCUAUUCCAAACUUGACCAAAAAUUUGGUGUAGCUGAGAAAGUUUUCUUUUUUGUUUUUGUACAGGUAGCAGUGGUUCUCCAGGAGAUCAGUUUUGCUGCCCAGGGGACAUUUUGGUUGUCAUAACUUGGGGGGAUGAGGGAGGGGUGCUGUUGGUAUCUGACACAGGAAGGACAGGUAUAUAUUGCUUCAUAUCCUACAAUUCACAGGACAGCCCUCCAAAACAGUCAUAUGGUCCAAAAUGUCAGUGGUACCAAGGUUGAGAAACUGAUGUAAGAGUGAUAAAUGUUUCUCUUUUUCACCCAAAUUGAUACAUUAUACAAUGGAAAUAUUUCAGAUAGCAUCAGUGUUCUGCUGAAGUAUUUUUCCCAGUGUAUGCACACUAGAAAAAGGGGGGAAAUCCAUUAAAUUGGCUGAUAAAAUAAGUACUAGCAUACAAAUAAUUUUACAAAUAUAUUGAUUCAUAUUAAUUAUCUUUCAUAUCUCUCUGCUCCUCUGUACUGAUGAAGGCAUAAUCUGAUUGUACCUUAUGAACCAGUGUACAUACAACUUUUGCCAACAAGACGUUUGUAGCAGAUACUUGUAUUUGGUCUUUGGCGUUUUUCUAAUGUCGAACAUGCUGGGUCUGGCUGGAAAGCAUAUUCCUUUUUCCUGACUAAACCCUUGCAUGUUUCCUGCAGAGCACUUACCACAUUGUAUCUCUUGGAUAAUGAGAUCUAAUUUUGUAUGUACAUGUUUUAGGGGGGAAAAUUUUAAAGCAAAACCUUUCACUGAACAGUUAGUGAUCUAUUAUAAUUACGACACAAAAACAAAAUUAUUGUGGGAGCCUGAGAGCUUUAUAGUCCUGGACAUCAAAAGUUUGUUUUAAUCUUUUUUUAAAAUCUUAUCUUUACCAUACAAUGGAAAUGUUUUAAUAAUUGAGGGAACAUACAUCGAUAUUUGGCAAAAGUGGGAAAGAGUCCAUGGGUUUCAGUCAUUGUCACUGCUCUUUUUCAAAAAGAUUGUGUUGAGCUAGUAGAAGACUAAAGAUGUCACUGAAGACGUCACAGAUAUUUAUCUUUUGGCUUUGUGUAUAUUAGAGAAUGUUGAUUAUUUUUAUACAAAAAUACAGCGGGUAAUUUUUUUAA